AUGAGGGCAACACAGUACAGCGAAUUCAUCAUGACAGCCAUUGUUUGUUUAUCGUGUGUACCACCAUUGAUGGGACUUACGGUGGCUAUUACUAUGUGCGGCUAUACCUAUGGUUGUCCCUUUGGUUUCGUUCCAGUCAUACUGGGUGCAAAUUUUGGUGCCAUCUUGACAUUCCUCAUGUUUAGAAAACUACGGCUAGAUCGAUGGCUCAAUUCAAAAAAGAAAUACUCGGCUGUCUCUGCAGCUAUGAAUGAGGGAGGCUUUAAAAUGAUACUGUUGAUCCGUUUGGGUCUACCAUGGCAUUUGACAAGUGUAAUACUCUCUACGAACGACUGCAUCAGCUUCAAUGUCUACAGUGCGGCAUCAUGCUUGGGUUCUUUCAAGCUCAUGUGGGCUGUAUGGCUAGGCUCUCAAAUGGCAAGCCUGAAUAAUCCUCAAUUACCACCAAAAGUGCAUCGAUACACUAGGAUCAGCGUGGGUGUAUCUUUGUUUGUAAUGAUAUUUGUAUCUAUCUGGCUAUAUAGGCUCACCGCACAAAAAAUCAAGAUCAAGCAUGACGAGGAAGAGCCACUACGUAACGAUGGCAACCAUCUCACAGUCAAGCAAUACAACAGCAAGCAGCUGGUUGUGUAG